GGAGACCGAGAGAACGCCAUGCUCAAAGGAAUACUGAGGUAUCGCCGUAACAACUGUGAUGCUGGUAAAUUUAGAUAUUCGAAGCUAGUGAGCAGUUUCUUGAAGUACACAGAUUUUCGCGUAAAACCAUAAACAAAUAAAUCACAUUGCGCAUUUUUGCACCAAAGAAUAGCAAACAAAUCAAUAACUUGGUUCCGCUUUCUGUGAACAGCCGUCAACUCUGGACUUUUAAAGAAACUGCGCUUCAUCCUUUUUGGCCCCUCUGACACACCGUACUCGGUUAGUUUAGCGUACCUUCGUUAACUAACAGCAGCCCUGAAUACAGCUCAAAGUAUCUCCUACAGUUUUUCUUGAGAGUGCUGCCUCUUCUAUACAAACCAGCGACUGAACUGAAGACAAAAGACCACCGUGAGUCGAGUAUUGUGUUUGUGACUGUCAUGCUUUACGGUUGUUGCACUUGUUAAGAGGCUAACAAGCCCGGCUAAGUGUUAGCUAGGUUAACUUGCUGCUAUGUAAUGUUAGCUGUGCCUGUCAGCAGACUGUGAGCAAUUCAACACUUUACAUCACAUCACAUUCAUCAAAUCAAGUUGUUAAAACAUAAUACUCAUACAUAUGUUGAUAUAAACAAAGCUUUUGGUUUUUAUGUAGAAUGUAAGUCUGAGACUAGGAGCAUACUCCUUGUUUGGAAAGUGACUUCAAGUUGUCCUAAUUGUUCAGCUCUUCAUUUCCCUUUUGUGAUUAAUCAGUUUCACCAGAGAAAUGGCGUCGUCUGCAAUGAUCACUGUCCCCACCACCGCCUCCCGCUUCGCCCUGCUCCAGAUAGACUCGGACUCGGACUCGGACGCCUCUGAUGCGGGGAAGACGGGCACCAAAGGCGGACGGGACUCCUCCGGGAAGCCCCGGCAAGGAAAAGCAGGAGCAAGCGGGGGUAAAGCGGGUCAGCUCAACGACAAGAAGAAAGACAAGAAGAAGAAGAAGAAGGAGCAGCAGCAGAGUGAAGCAAAUGCGGUGAGGAGAGGCAGGAGAAACACAAUCUCCCACACUUUCAGGGCUACCUUUCUGUCACAGACUAAACCAGGAUUGUUGUCCUCUGAUGUUUCAUUUCUCCUGAAAUGAAACUGCUGGAGCUGGUGUCAGUGAAACAGAACUGAAGUGUCGAAAUUCACUUUUAAUUUAUUGAAAAUAAUAAUAAUAAUAACUUUAUUUAGAUAGCACUUUUAAAAACAAGAGCUUACAAAGUGCCCUAACAUGCAGGAAGACAAAGAAGAUAAAAACAACAGAACAACAAGAGAACACUUGAAGGAAAUGACACGUUACUGGCAAUAAGGAAAUAAAAUAAAAUAAAAGCUUGGAUGAAUGCCACAUGAGCUGAGAGGACAGUAAAAAGAAGACAUUCAGAGCACAGGUGUCAAACUCAAGGCCCCGGGGCCAAAUCUGGCCCUUGGAACAAUUAUAUCUGGCCCACAAGAUCAUAUCAUAUUUGUAUUAUUAUUGUCCCACCAGUAUGAAGUCUGCAGAUUUCCUCCGGUAUAAUAAUGUAAACUCGAGCACCAUUAUGUAGAAUGUCCUUAAUAAGCCAUGAAAAUCUAGGAGAUUAAAGAGUAAGGAAGAUUUGAUAAACAGUCAAGAAUGUGGAGAAAAAUAUAUAUAUAUAUUUUUUUUCAUGUUUUCAAUUUUGCAAACAUGAUUGUAGUUUUAAUUUCAUGCGUUGAUUUUGUUCAACUCAGUAUUUAGACUCGUGUCAUUUUUAUACUUAAAAGUCAUAUUUUGACCUUUUGAACCUGAUUUCAACAUUCUCUUCGUGUAUUUGCGCUUUAAAAACAUUAUUUUUCUAUUUUUGAUAUCAUGCUCUGAUCUUUUGAACUAUUAAAUAAAAAUAGAAUAAAAUAUUAAAAUAAAAUAAUUAUUCCAUCUCAGAUUGCCUUUAAACUGAUCUUUUUAUCUUUUUUGAAUAUCUAAAUGUUUUAUAGUCACUGAUGUUUUUGUUACUUUUUUUUUGAAAAGGAGGUUGACAGUUUUGGUGAAAUGUUGACCCUGUUUGGCCCUCAGGUUAAAUCCAGAUUAUGGCCCUUGGUGUGGUUGAGUUUGACACCCCUGCAUUAAGACUAAAACAUUGUAAGAGCCUGUGGUACCCAGCCAACACAGGAACCCAAUCACAAAAACCUGAGAUAAAAAUUCAGAGGUCAUUUUUAUUUGGACAAUUGAUAGUUAAGUCUGUUAGUCUGGUCUUCCUGACCAUGUCACUCUUUAUCUUUGUCUUUUGAUGAGUUAGAAAUUAACUAUCAACUGUUCCUGAUUCAACCACCAGACUGAAAAACACAAGGCAUUAAGGAAGUUACUUUGCAUUCUGAAAAGAUUCAACAAUAAUUUUUUCCACUUUUCUCUCAUCUUUAGUUACAUUUUCAUUACGUUUAAAUUAACACUUUUAAUUUGACAUUUCUCUUUCCAUCAGUUACGUAAUCUGGCCUUUAAAAAGAUUCCUCAGAAGUCAAGUGCCCCACCUCCAUGUAUGAGCCUGUCGGGAAUCGCCAGUGAACUCCUCAGUCCUGCAACGGGAGACCCCAAUCCACCGUCUGAGGGGUGGCAGCAGUGGAAACAGAGGGAUGAGCAGGUAAGAAGGAACAACAACCAAACAAGUGAGCUGUAACAUAGGUUACGCCCUCUUAGUACCUACUUCCAGUUAUUGGGCUGUAGCAGAGUUAUGUAGAGCUUUGUCUUCUUCCCCUGAUGGAACAAUAAUCCAACAAGUGCUUGAAAUUUUCUUUAACAUUUGUGUUUCACUUCCUUCUACAGAUUACCUCUGAGUUGUAUGAGGCAGACUUGGAAAAGGCCUUGAUUCUGAGUAAACUGGAAUAUGAACAACAGAAACAGGUACAUUGCAGACACAUUAAUGUAACUUACAUAUAUAGCAUAUGCUGAACCUUAAAAUGGUUUUUCAGUGUCUUGACUUUGAUAAAUCAAUGUAGAGAAAGUUGAUCCUCUUAACCUGUCUGAUGAUCAACAAACUUCACCAUCAAGCAGAGCUAGUUUUUAUUUAUUAACCACCUAAACCUGGUAACUUCUCUUUUUUACUGGGUCUUUUGUUUCAGUUGUUGUAGAAAUAAAGCGAAACAAAAAGCACAAAAAAGAGAGCUAUUUAUUGUUUGCCAAAUGAAAAUGCAUGUGGAUUAAUCUAAACUGUCUUCAGAUACUAAAAUAGUUAAUCCAGUGUACUUGAGUUUGGGAGGGUAAAAACAGUCAUUGUCUUAAUGAUGCCAAAUGGCGUUAUAUUUAUAAUUGAACUUUCCUUCACAUAGCACAACAACACAAACACAUCGUCGCCAAAAUCCAAAGGAGGAAAAGAGGGCGGAGGGAAGAAGGACAAAAAGAAGAAUCAGCAGGCGAAAGACAAAAAGACAGUGUCACUGCAGGACUUCCAGGCUGAAGGAAGUGCUGGUGAGGGCAGAGAAAGACUCAUUGAUUCAUUUCUGAACUAUGAAAUUGUCUUGUAUGGUUCACACAAUAACAUUAAUGUCUCUUUGCAGAACAUUUGAGUAAAAAACAAGAGAAAGAGGUAGGAAAUUCCCUUCAUUGUCUGUUACCCUCCUCCAGCAAAUUAAUUGCUGUGGUAUUAAAUACAUUAAAAAAAACUUAACUACCUGCUACAAAUGUGCAUAAGGUUUUAUUUAGGGUGUCAUGUAUGGUGCUGCAUAUUCAUGUUGACAAUCUUAUCCAGGAUGCCAAAGCAACUAACGUAGCAUUGGCAGUUGGGCAGGAGGAGCGGUUCUUCAAUAAACUUGAGGAUGACGUCAGCCGGAUCAUCCAACAAGAGAAGAGACGUGAGCAGUACGCUACCAGCCAGGGACAAGAAGUCAACACCUCCACAGAACACGAACCAGUGAGGACACGCAAUGAUAAACACAAAAUGGUGGACAGACGAUUCCCUGAGCUGCCUGUUUAUUUUCAGACAGGUUUAUUCUUGAACACAAAUGGUCCAGCUUUGGCCUUUAUUUGGGUGGAGUAUUUAAAUUGAACCUUUUCCGACCCCCAACAAGCAAUUAAACACCUCAGCUGUACUUUGCAAAAAGGCAGUCAUUUGGGAGUGGGCUGAAGAACAAUAGUUUCAAUUGUAUUUGAAAAUGUUGGCCGUUUCAACACAUUUUUAACCCUUUUCCUCAUCACCCACUUUGUGGUCUGUCAAUUCAGCUUUUCUCUGAAUAAUACUGUGAGCCUGAGUCAGGAUAUUAGUUUGUCCUAACUCAAAUCUUUUUCUUCUUCUAGGACCCCCGAGCAGAACAAUUGAAGUACGAGUUGGAGAAGAAAGACCAGGAAAUCGAUAAGCUGAAGAAGACCAUUUCACAGUGGGAGGUCAGCAGUCUGAAGCAUUUCUCCCUGUCAUUCAAUAAUAACUCAUUUAUAACUAAACCUGGUAUAUACUUCAUUUUCUCUGAUAGAAGUCAAGUUUUGCUCACUCAUGUCGUCCACAUUGCUAUGACAACAGACCCAACAAAAUUUAAAAGGAUUGGAGCAGGAAAUGAACUAAUGAAUUCAGCUUUUUUUUAAAGUGUGCAAGAAAGGGAAGGAAUUAGCUGAUAAAUGAAAAGUACAAAAGUUAGUAUGGCUGGAGGGCUUCAGAAAUCUUUACCCAAUUCCCUUUGAAAAUCUAAUCAUAUCAGUACAGGUAACUUGUGGAUUACAUAGGACCAUUUACAGCACAGAAAAAGAAACAUUACAGAGAUCCACAGUGAGUGAUACAUGUCACUGUUUUGAAGAAAGCAGGAUACAGUUUCUUGUCAGAAACCACAACUUUCAGAUGGACAGGACAAAAUCGGAGAAGGCACAAGAGGUACCACUUUACCCACAGGGGGAGCCAAAACAGACACAAACAUUGAGUUUCUUUUAAAAGCUUCAGGGUCCCAAGCAAGCUGAGAGGAUUUUUGAAGAUGGUCAUUCAACACUUUGGAACCACUGACUUCUUAAAGAGAGCUGAGAGCUACUUUAUUCUUUGAAGCCUUCUCAGUCCCUCACACAAAAAAUGGCAACUUACAGAAGGGAGCAGUGGUUUGUGUUAUUUUCUCACAGUGCUGGUGCUGCAAUCGUCUAGUAAUCCUGUCUACAUAAAAGUAUACAAUCUAGGGUGGACAACUUGAUCGGGUAAAGUGCUGUGAUGGGGAUAAAUGCCUUAAAAGUGAACUUCUUUUGUUUUCUCUUCUCUUCUUUAACACUCCCUUGGUGCUGAUUCCAUACAUGUUUUUUCUCGUACCCUUGCAGGUGAAAUACAAAGAGGUAAAAGCAAGAAAUUCUCAACUGCUGAAGAUGCUACAACAGGGGGAAAGUGAGUCUUAACAGUAUUACACUUGAGAUUGUCAUCCCCUCCUCUUGCCUCAAGAUUUAACCUUAUAAAUCUUAUAUUUUAUGUAAUGUCUCCUCUCUGCUUCAGUGAAAGACAAAGCAGAAAUCCUUCUACAGGUAGAAGAGCUCCUACAUAUAAAAGAAGAACUGUCAUCACAGGUGAGAAAGAGUGGGGUUAAGAUGCUGAGAGAUAAACAUGCGCGUGUGUGAGAGGAGAAAGACAUUAUGGUAGUGUUUGGUAUUUCAUUGUCAUUUUUUUUUGUUCAGGUUUCAUUACUACAUGGUGCCCUUGAACAAGAAAGGUCUAAAGUCAAAGGGCUGCAGUCAGAACAACCAAAACAUCAGGUGAGGGAUCAAAUAAUCACGGACUCAUUGAAACCUGAUAUGUGUUUCAGAAAGACGAGAUGAUGCAUACUUGACCCUUGGAGAAGCUUUGAUAUCUGUUGCAUUUAUCUUAAAAACAGACUUGGUUGCGUGUAAGUAAAUUUGUACUUUCUGGGCUUUUUCUCCUCUACAGGGUAACAAAAAAGGGAAGAAAGGCUCAGAAGCAGAUCUAUGAAAGUUUCCUGGGCAAAUUAAAACGAAUGAAUGAACAAAUGAAGAAAACCCUACUGAUCACAAUCAGGGUUCUGUUUGCCUUUUUUCUACAGCUUGGACUUGAUGUCAGCAUAAAAUGCAUGCCCCUCUAAUUACAAACACGCACAUACAAAGUACACUCCAGACAGGAGAGAAAAGGGUUGUUUUACACAGCCAAAAAUGAAUUAGAGAAGUUAUCAAAAACAUAAAGGUUUGAGAUUGUGUUGAACUGUUGGCUGGACGCACAAUGCUGCCCUCUGCAUGCAAAGGUGUGUCACUGCGUUUGUUGUGCUGUUGAAGGCUGUGUGCCUGAUCUCUCUUUGAGUUUUAACUCAAAAUGGCAGAUAAGAAAUGUAUGUUUCUUUUUUUUCUGUCCCACUGUCAAGGAAAUAAAAUACUUUUUCAAUGAAAAACAAACAUGCGUUUUUUACACGACUUCACAUGCCAGAGACUUUUGAAAACCUUUGUGAUCAUGAGUUCAGUUUUGCUUCUCUCUUCAGACAGAUCAGUUUCACCUAUCAGACAACAAGC